AUGGCGGCAGCCUCAACCCGCAACGCACCCUCCACCCCCGCUGCACCUACCGCGCGCGCAGCAGCGUCGCAGCACAUUGGAAAGCCGAGCGCGGAAGCUCAAAAGGACAUUCCCGCCUUCACCAUGCCGUCGACCGGAGUGAGCAAGGUUGCGAGCCCUGCGCCCGCGGGAGCAGAAGCUGGGGAGAAGGUUCAUCCCGGUUCGAUGCACGAAUUCGAGGCGUGGUUCAACCGCUGCUGCGGCGACGACGUUCCAGUCGGUCUGAGGAAGAAGCUCGACGCCGCUGGUGCCGGUGGCGAGUCGGACGGCGAGGAGAACGGCCAGGAGCUGAAGCGCAGCAGCAGCAUCAGCAGCGCUAGCAGCGGCAGCAGCGGCAGCUUCGACGACGCUUACUUCGACACGCUGUCCUCGUCCGGUAGCAGUGCCUCCGGCGAUUCUGACGGCCAGGACGUGGAAGGCUGUGACGGUGCCGGCGAGUCUGACGGCGAGCAGCCGCUGCCGUCUGAGGAGGAGUUUGAGUGGCAUCUGAUGUCGGUGCAGACGUCGUUCCUGUAA